UGUACGUCGCGUCAUUGUUCCAAUAAAAAAAUACAAUAACUUGCGUAAAUAGUUUGUUAAUUAUAUUUUAAAAAAAUGUAUAGAUCAAUUAUCUAUUUAAGCGUUUUACUGUGUUGUGAAUUUGUAUCCGGUAUUGACGUAUUCCACGAGGGAUCAAAAAUAACGUUUCACCCCAACGAUGGAGGGUCAGGUUAUUUUGGUUACAGCGUCUCUCUGAGCUCCUACGGUCUCGUAGUUGGUGCGCCAAAAGCUGUGGCCAAAAUGCCCUCCUCCGUUUCAUCAGGUUUGGUCUACAACUGUCCUCUAAAGGACACGAUGGAUGCUAGCAACGUUACUUGCAAUGUAAUUAGUCUGGGUAGCUCGCGAUAUCUGGGUUACGUGUCGUUUUUAGACGAAAUGAUCAAGGAUGACAUGUGGUUCGGUGCAACCAUAGCCCCCAUGUCGAAGAACAAACUAUUGAUCUGCGCUCCUCGUUGGCUGGUCACGUACAAACGCAAGCAUUACUUGGCGAACGGAGUGUGUUUUUUGCACAAAAACGAACGAGACUGGAUAUUGUAUCCAUUGAGGGACAUGGAUCGCCAGGCUUUCGUGGUAAACGGUGACAGGAUUGAAUACGGGGAAUACGGUGUCCAUGUCAACUUCUACGCUUACGGUCAAGCGGGAAUGUCGACCAAAGUGACCGAAGACAAUUACGUGAUCGUCGGAGCCCCUGGUCUACUGCAAUGGACUGGCGGUAUCGUGAGUUUCAAAUACAGCCAGGACGAGGAGAGCUCGUAUAUCAGCAAACAGACAACUUCGAAUCCUUACUACACCCGGGAUCUUGAACCUUAUAGCUAUUUCGGUUACAGUGUAGAGUCUGGCAUAUUCGAACCAAACGGGAGCGUAUUGUAUGUAAGCGGAGGUCCGCGUGCACAUAUGGGAUAUGGAGAGGUUUUAGUCUUCAAACCAGUUCAAAGAGAGAAGGAUCCCUUGAAUAUCUUGGCGAAAUUGGUAGGACCGCAUCUCGGAGCUUAUUUUGGAGCUAGUCUUUGCUGUACAGACAUUGAUGGUGACGGCCGAUCAGAUCUGCUGGUUGGAGCACCAACGUAUGUGAAGAAAGAUGGUGGACUGCCUUUUGAUCAAGGCGCCGUAUUCGUUUACAUGACUCGAGAGAAGGAUUCGAGCUUUGUUUUAGAAGAAGCGGGUAUGGUCCUCGGCUCUGGUGCGAGCGGAGCUCAUUUUGGGAUAGCUAUUGCUGAUUUGGGUGAUAUUGAUGGGGAUGGCUAUAAAGAUAUUGCCAUAGGCGCACCCUGGGAGGAUGAAGGAACUGGCGCUGUCUACAUUUACAAAGGACAUAAGAAAGGUUUGAGAAGUAAUCACAUUCAGAGGAUAUCACCGGAAGGCGCAAGAAGCUUUGGAAUGUCAAUAUCUAAAGGAUACGACGUGGAUAACAAUAACUGUAGUGAUCUAGCCGUGGGUGCUCAUGAAAGUGCUGAAGUUUACCUCUUCAGAUGCAUUCCAUCCAUGGACGUUCACGCUCAGAUCGAAGUUCCAGAUGCCAUCAAUUUACCACAGAACACAACCGAAUUCACAGCGCUUGCCUGUAUUGAGAUACCCGAUAAGCCUUUGUGGCGACACGNCGAUUGCAGAACUACGAACUCGAAUUACGCUUUACUGAAUCAAGGUCGCGAUGCCAGCGACAGAGCGUCCGGAAUGCAAAACAAAGUCGCGAUCAAAGCGACAACGACGAUGUCGUGCACUAAACACACAAUCGCGACAGCACCUACUGCCGAUCUGUCAACACCGAUAUACCUGAAACACGAAUUAGUUCUAGAAGAACGCCUGAAGAAAGACUCAAGAGAAUUUUUAUAUGACGCUGCGAGAUUAUCUGAAGAGUCGACUCUCCGCGCCACAUUCUUAUUGCAAAUUUUAAGGGACUGUGGUAACGAUCUCAUCUGCUUACCAUGGCUGAAGAUGACUCUGGAACCGCUGACAAGUCCAUAUGUUCCAGGUACAGACGACAAAUUAGGAUUUAAAUUGAAGAUAUUGAACACCGAAGAACCAGCUUACGGUGCUAAAGUCAACAUUACUCUUCCGUCUGCCCCUAAGAGAGUUCCAAGCGAAUGUUCAUUAGAAGAUUUAAUCAUGAACUGUGAUGUGCCAGCCCCUUUAUUGAGGAACGAAGAAAUAGUUUGGGAGGUUGAACUGGAAUACACUGAGGAAGCUGAUAAGUUUAUUGUUGAAGCUGAAUUGGCAGAUUUAUUGUAUAGGACCAUUACUGAUGAUGCAAGCAAAGAAUUGACAAUCGAUGUAAAUCCUGUGGCUAAUUUCAGUAUUAGCGGUAAUCAAUUACCAAAUAUUACCAUUCAUGUCUCGAGAGAUAAGUUGAAUGACGGCGAGAUGAUAUUAUUUACGCAUUUUUAUAAGAUCACGAACUACGGUCCCUCAAAUUGGCAUGUUUUGGAUGCUGACAUCAUCAUACCAGAAAAGAUUGAGCUGAUUGAUUCGCUGAAGGGCUGCCACAGCAUCAAAUCACACGUGGAAUGCGGAUGGUCUGUACCAGCUAUGGUAUCCAUGCCGGUGAUUCUGAAUUUACGGUUCAACUUGUCUAAGCACGGAGAUUUUCUACAAUCCAACAAUAAUUUCAACGUCACCACUGCAAUCGUGCUGCGCUUGAAGGAUCUAAAUAAAUCGUUUGAAAUCACAACUACGUUGAUUCUGGAGCCGGUUCCGCCGAUCUGGCCACAAAUAGUUGGCUCGGUGGUCGGCUUCAUUGUUCUUGCCGCAAUUGUUUUCGGAUUAUACAAAGCUGGUUUCUUCUCGAGGAAACAAAGGGAUCAACUGAAACUGCUUCAAGACGAAACACAAAGCGGCCAAGAGACGCUUGAACAUGUCAAUGACGAGAUCAAACAAUCAACGUCAGAUUUACUGGAAGAUACAUAAAGUCUAGGAAUUAAUGUUAGAAGCGCAUUAAGAUAGACCAGUAGUAGAGGAUAUUGCGGACUUAGAUACGGAUACUGGUUAUCUAUUUCUAAGGUAAAAUAGUCGUGCAUCUCAGCUUGAAGGUCCCCAAGUUAUCUUUCGAAGUUUUCCCCGUAACUCCUACGACCAUUUUCUACUAGCAGGCUGUUUUGUAAUUUUGUCUAGUUAGAAGCUAUUGUAUUGCCUAUUUUAGGAGCGAAGCUAUCAUUCCAGUUUAAUAAUUUCCAGUUUAAACAGGAAAUAUUUAUUAUUAUGAUUCCGUUUCAAUAUUGAAAUCACUAGAGCUUCGGUGUUAAUAAAUUCUUAACAAUUAAUAUUUCUCGUUAACGAUAUUCUGUUGGAUAUCUUUGAUUGUUCGCAACACCGUUUCCAAAAUCAAAAUUUGUAGAACCGUUAAAAAAAAACAAAGAUUUCUCUGAAAAUUUUAUCGAAUGUUGUAGCCUGAAAAUUCUCGUAUUAGCUGUCAUGACUUCACAUUGUCGAAUGUUUGGAUAUAAUAUGUUGAAGUGAUAUAUGUAAAUAUAAUAUUAAGUUCUCUUUCAGCAAAUUUUCUUUAUCCUCUCUCUCUUUAUAUUUUGUAUGUGUAUUUCGUUUGAUAAAACGCCAGUAUUUUAGUUAACUUGAAAAUAAAACGAUUAGUUUUAUAGUCUUUAGUUUCCGAUUAACGUAGUAUCGC